UGACCUGUCGUGUUCCCCAUGAUUCAGCGGGGGAGAAAACUGAUCUCAACAAUGACUUCCUUGGCAAGGCACAUACUCUAGUCAGGCUUUUGUGAGUACUUGUGCGACGGCGGCGCACCGAGCAGCUUAUUUCGGAAAAGCCAUCCUGUAGUUCAACAUCACCAGAAUAAAGAGAAAAGGAAGGAAGCUGAGUCGACUAUAUUUGCGCUUAGCUGAUCGUAGUGAUUUAGUCAGCAUCGCGGAGAAAGUAGGAGGAAGAGUUGAGUUUGUCAAUUUUAUAGCAUACUUCCAUCCGAGUAUUACUAGUUAUUCCGCAAGGCUACCGGUAUACUACCGAGGAGCGCAAGCAGUGCGGCUGCAGAAAUAGUCGCAUCAGUGCAGUCGACUAGUCCAGUUCAUGUGAUGUUGUCAACAUCAGUCCCAGUUAGCCAGAGUCAACUAGCAUAACUGAACAGAGAUUGGUAUUAUAAUAAUUAUUUAUUUCCCUUCCUCUGGUCGAGUGUCGGAGCUGAGAGCGUAUCCGAAACUCCUAAUUCGGCGAGCGCUUGACCCUGCGUGCGCGUACAUGUAUGUGUAUGGUCCCCUGCUCCAUUGUUCAGUAGUUUUACCUUCAGGCUGCUGCGAUUCGGCACUGGCCAUGUCGCCUAGGAGCGCUAAACACCCUUGCAUGACUUCCGUCCGGGGUCUCUGGCGAGUGGUUGCCAUCGCACUCCUCUGCUUUCUGGCCGCGACCUCGGCACGUUCAAUUGAUUUCGAUGAAGAAUUAGCUACUGGCCACGAGCGCCUUCGACAACUUGCACACCGCUAUGAGACGGUAGAUGUUGACACGGCUCACCACCUGCACGGAGUUCGGCAACGUCGAGCGACUCAAGGAGACAAUACAUAUAGCCACCCACCUUCGACCAACUUUGACAUCCAGGCCUUUGGGCAGACAUUUCGCCUGCAGCUGGAGUUAAAUACUAUGCUGUUACCGGUUGGCACACAAGUACGCUACUUCAAAGAGAAUGGAGAGCUUGUUGUGGAUCAUGAUGCUGUCAACUGCUAUUACCAGGGUGAGAUGGAUGGAUUUAGUCAUGGAGCAAGUCAUGCUGUAAUCAAUACAUGCAAUGGAAUUUCUGGAUCGUUUGGCGUAGGACCAGCUGGUCACAGGACAAUGGAGAGGACCUUUUUCAUUGAACCGCUGACCAAGGAACCCACUCCCAAUGGUACCCACCUUCAUGCCGUUUACAAAGCGGGCGACUCGAAAGAGAACGUUCACUUGGGGAGUUGUGGUGUAUCAACUAACAAAGGCCAAGACCAUGCAUCACCACUAGACCUUGCUGAGGGCAUUUUGAAUGUGGACACGGACACGGUGCACAUUCACCAGCGCACUAAACGCCAGACAUCCUCAUCGGUCACACGCUAUGUGGAGUUACUACUGGUGCUGGAUGCAACACUCUUUAACAGCUCUAGAGUAAAUCGCGACUUGACCGUUGCUGCAAAUCGGGCUCGUUCUGUCGCUAAUUUUGUUGAUUCGCUGUACAGACAACUGAACAUCCGAGUACCAUUAGUAGCUGUGGAGAUUUUCAACAUGGGAAACCGCUUUGUCACGUCAACCAUACCAGGUACACUGUUCAACAAUUUUAUCGCAUACAGAACCGCUCAACUUGUGGGUCGUAUUGCCCAUGACAAUGCACAACUAAUGUCUGGGAUAGACUUUGCUGGCUUCUCAACUGGAUUUACUCCGAUGUCCGGUAUGUGCUCAUUGACAAGAUCUGCAGGUGUCAACCAAGACACAGCAUCAGCGUUCUCAGCAGUAGCGGGCACAAUGGCGCACGAAAUGGGUCACAGUCUCGGAAUGCGCCAUGAGUAUUACCGCGUCUGUACAUGCACAGUUUCAUCUAGUGAUGGCGGAUGCAUAAUGGCUACCCACAAUUCCCGUAUUCUACCGUUGGUAUGGUCCGACUGCAGCCGCUAUGAUCUCAGCAUGUUUCUAUCACGCGGUGCUGGCUUCUGUAUGGACAACCAGCCAACAACACUAUUUGGUGACCCGGUAUGCGGCAAUGGGUUUGUGGAGGGCACCGAGCAAUGUGAUUGUGGCACAGCAGCACAGUGCACAGCAACAUGUUGUAAUCCAGCUACAUGUCGUUUCACCACCGGUUCUCAAUGCAGCGAUGGUCCAUGCUGUCAAAACUGCCGCUUUCUAGCUACGGGCACGCUCUGCCGCUCUGCUGCGAACAGCUGCGACGUAGCUGAGACAUGUUCAGGCCUGACGCACACUUGUCCCGAUGAUAUUUUUGCACAGAACGGUCAGACUUGCGGCUCGGGGUCAUUGGCAUCAUUUUGCUACGAUGGACAAUGCAACACUCACGAUACUCAGUGCAAGAGAACAUGGGGAACGCCUGCAGCCGUUGCUCCUCAGAUCUGCUACGAUCAAAACACGCAGGGCUCCGGCAAUGCCAACUGCGGUUCCACUUCAACCAACUACUUGAGGUGCGCAGCCACUGAUGCUCGAUGCGGUCGCCUUCAAUGUAUCGGCGGAGCAGACUUUACCAUAAUCUCGUCAACAAGCCGAACAGGCACCGUAACAGUAAGAUAUAGCCAAGGCACAGUGGUCUGCAAAUCCACUACAGUCCCACUAUAUUUGGACCUGGCCAAUUUCAGCUUAGUGGCCGACGGUUCUCCAUGUGGAUCAAGCUCUCUUUGCAUCAACCAACGUUGCAGAUCGAUAAGUUCACUUGGCACUACACCAUGUCCAUCAAGUGGUGGUAGGGUGUGUGCAGGAAAUGGUGUGUGCACAAAUCUCAACUCAUGCUUGUGUAACCGUGGCUGGACAGGUGCUGACUGCUCACGUCCUGUGAAUGGUCAGUGGAGUCCUUGGACAGUGUGGUCAGGCUGCUCCCAAUCCUGUGGUACAAGUGGCGUAAGAACACGCACCCGGGACUGUGAUAAUCCGCCGCCAAGCAAUGGUGGUACAGUAUGCCGUGGUGCAACUAGUGAACGAGAAACGUGCAACCGUGUUCAAUGUCCUGUUGACGGUGGCUGGUCAGUUUGGUCCGGCUUCUCUCCAUGUUCCGCUACUUGCGACUCUGGCUCACACAUGCGAACGCGUUCUUGCAACCAGCCAUCGCCAGCCAACGGUGGCAGGAGCUGCAGGCCUGAUGGUUUGGCAGUGGAAACCAACGUUGCCUACUGUCAGAGACCUUCCUGUUCUCAAUGGAAUAUCUGGGGAACCUGGUCAGGCUGCUCCCGUACCUGUGGUAUCGGUGCACGUAUGCGCAGGAGAACAUGUCCAGUUGCUAACAAUUGCCCAGGAUCAGCCACAGACACUGGCAGCUGUAACGUAUCAGCAUGUGAUAUGUCCAUACCUGGUCAGUGGACACAGUGGACAGGAUGGAGUCAAGUAGGUACUUGUUAUGGCUGUCCACGAGGUAGCUACAGGCAAAGGACUCGCAACUGCACAAGUCCAAAGCCAAUGAAAGGAGGUGCUCAGUGCUCGGGUGCACGUGAACAGCGCGGACCAUGUCCUGUGUGCCAAGAUGGUGGUUUCAGUGACUGGUCAGAAUGGCGUGGAAACUGCGAUGAAGAACAUAGCCAGAGUCGAAUGCGAGCAUGCACCAGCCCAACACCGGCUAAUGGUGGACUCAACUGCUCCGGUCCAACAACUGAUGAGCGCAUUUGUCCCAGGUUCUUGCCAUGGAGCGAUUGGGCUGAUAGUGGCAAUUGUUCACUAUGCGGUGAAGAUCCGGUAAACAACGUUCAAGUUCGCCAUCGUCAAUGUAACACAACUCGGGUUGCCCCAUGCACAGGUGACCUGAAUCAGACUCGGACUUGCCCGGCAUGCACCUCAGAAACCAACUCCACCUCCUGCCAGGAACCUUCCUGUUCUCAAUGGAAUAUCUGGGGAACCUGGUCAGGCUGCUCCCUUACCUGUGGUGUUGGUGCACGUGUGCGCAUGAGAACAUGUCCAGUUGCUGACAAUUGCCCAGGAUCAGCCACAGAUACUGGCAGCUGUAACGUAUCAGCAUGUGAUAUGUCCAUACCUGGUCAGUGGACACAGUGGACAGGAUGGAGUCAAGUAGGUACUUGUUAUGGCUGUCCACGAGGUAGCUACAGGCAAAGGACUCGCAACUGCACAAGUCCAAAGCCAAUGAAAGGAGGUGCUCAGUGCUCGGGUGCACGUGAACAGCGCGGACCAUGUCCUGUGUGCCAAGAUGGUGGUUUCAGUGACUGGUCAGAAUGGCGUGGAAACUGCGAUGAAGAACAUAGCCAGAGUCGAAUGCGAGCAUGCACCAGCCCAACACCGACUAAUGGUGGACUCAACUGCUCCGGUCCAACAACUGAUGAGCGCAUCUGUGCCAGGUUCUUGCCAUGGAGCGAUUGGGCUGAUAGUGGUAGUUGUUCACUAUGCGGUGAAGAUCCGGUAAACAACAUUCAAGUUCGCCAUCGUCAAUGUAACACAACUCGGGUUGCCCCAUGCACAGGUGACCUGAAUCAGUCUCGGACUUGCCCGGCAUGCACCUCAGAGCAGGCUGGCGGAGUAUCUGGAGGCGCUAUUGCCGGUAUUGUUGCUGCUGUGCUCGCCAUUCUGGCAGUUGCUGUUGCUGUCAUCCUUAUUGUGACAUGAAACAAUCUGGCAGUGGCUCCACAAUUCUGCCGCCAAGGCGUGUCAGUUUUUCAGAGGGGGGACGCUAGGCAGCAGAGUGAAUACGUCUUGGCCAGAGACUCACAUAAGCCUAAAGCCGCCGUCAUCCUACCGCCACGCACAGCCAACAGCCAACCCCCUCCACGGCGGAACCAGGCACCGCCGCCUCGACCUGUGGUUGCAUUUUCUACGCCGCUGGCCUAAAGAAAAGAAGACUGCAUAAUGAGAGAACCUGUUGAGCGAUGAUGAUAGAACCGACUUUAAGUAGAUUACACAAUCAUUGUGAUGUUAGAGUGCAUGUACACUGUACCAGUCUAUGGUGAUGUAUUUCUAAUGACCAUGGAACCCCAACACCCACA